AUGAAGCGGGAGCGUUCCGUCACGGACACCGAUAGCACGCGGCAGUCGCGGCUGAGAGCAGAUGAGCUGCCACUUGUCGAGGAGAUUGUGACGGUGGAGGAGACGCAGUCCGUGCUCAUCCGCUUGCCGUGUCUUGACUUUUUCAGGGACGCGCACGUCUGUGAAAGGGCAGCGGACACUGCUUGCGGUUGUGAAGCUCCCACAGAAGGCGGUGAGGAGGGCGUGUUGCAAUUCGCGCCAGAUGCCUUCACUGUCAAGAGCGGCACGCUUGAAACGCCGCACCCCGUCGUCGUGCUGCACUCGCAGCAGUACGGCGAGAUUGUCUUUGAGGGGUCAUGGUGUGAGCUGAACGACCGGAACGUCUCCGCUGCGCCACUGAGUAACCACGUGGUUGUGCAGCUCUGCGAAAAGGGCGACGAGCAGCCCGCCAAGGGCGGCGCCAGCACCAACAACAACAGCAGCAGCAGCAGCAUCAGCAGCCACACCAACGAGCCACGCAUUAGCACUGAUAAAAAGAGCACGGCAACAGGGAUUGAGGUGGCAAGUCUUUUGAAGCACCCGUCGGUCGGCAUCACGGCUGACGACGCGCGGGGGCUGCAGAAGGCACGCAACGCGUCGUGGGCGUACGGCCGAAUCGACGUGCCCUGUGCGACGUUGGUGUUGCGUCGCGUUGGGUGA